AUGUCGCGACCGACAGUCCACGACAUCGCGCAGACGGCAGGCGUGAGCCUUGCGACGGUGGAUCGCGUGCUCAACAAGCGCCCCGGUGUGCGCGCAAAGACGAUUUCGCGGGUCAACGACGCGAUCGAACAGCUCGGCUAUGUGCGCGACGUGGCGGCGGCGAACCUCGCCCGCCAGCGCACCUAUGACUUCACCUGCAUCCUGCCUGAUGCGCCGACGGAGUUUCUGUCCGAAUUGCGGGCCGCGAUCUCCGAAAGCGCGGCGAUGACUGCCAUGGAGCGGAUGCGGAUCGCCGUUCGCACCUAUCCGGCCGACGAUACCCAUGCGCUUGCCGACAUGAUGGGGGCUCUCGCCAAGGCGCCGCCGGACGGCCUUGCCCUGAUGGCGCCGGAGACGCCGCGCGUGCGCGAUGCGGUGCGGCGUGUGAUGGCGGCCGGCACCAGCGUCGUGCCGGUGGUCGCCGACCUGCCGACGGCCGGCUGCGGGCACUUCGUCGGGAUCAACAACGUCGCCGCAGGGCGCACCGCCGCAACAUUGCUCGGCCGCUUCCUGCCGGUCGCGCCGGCAUCGGUGCUGGUGAUCGCCGGCUCGAUGAGCGCGCGUGACCAUGCCGAGCGGCGGCUGGGCUUCGAUCAGGUCAUGGCGGAACGCUUCGGCCAUCUGCAUGUGAUGCCGACGCUCGAAUGCCACGACCGGGGCGAUCUUGUGACCGCGCAGGUUACGCGGCUUUUGUCCAAACACCCCGGCAUUGGCGGCGUCUAUUCGGCCGGCGCCGGCAAUCACGGUCUGGUGCAGGCUCUCAACGCGGCCGGUGCCAGCGACCGCGUCACCGUCAUCGCCCACGAAUUGACGGACUGCACGCGCGCGGCCCUGACAGACGGGACGUUCGAUGCGGUGAUCGCACAAAAUCCGGGUCACAUCGUGCGAUCGGCGCUGCGCGUCCUGAAGGCGGAUGUGGACGGGAUGGAGACGAUCCCGUCGCAGGAGCGCAUCCGAGAGACCAUGAAGACCAUCAAGGGCCCGGCGCUGUUCCUGGCACAGUUCGCCGGCGACGAGGCGCCGUUCAACUCAUGGGACGCGAUCACCAAAUGGGCCGCCGAUUGCGGCUACAAGGGUGUGCAGGUGCCGAGCUGGGACGGGCGCCUUUUCGACCUCGCAAAAGCGGCCGAAAGCAAGGAUUAUUGCGACGAGUUCAAGGGCAAGGGGGCGGAGAACGGCGUCGAGGUCACCGAACUGUCGACACAUCUGCAGGGCCAGCUCGUCGCGGUUCAUCCGGCCUAUGACGCCGCGUUUGACGGGUUCGCCGACCCAUCCGUGCACGGCAACCCCAAGGCGCGCCAGGAAUGGGCGGUCGACCAGGUCAUGAAGGCGAUCACCGCCUCGCGGAACAUGGGUAUCGGCGCCCAUGUGACCUUUUCGGGAGCGCUGGCCUGGCCCUAUGUCUAUCCCUGGCCGCAACGGCCGGCAGGACUGGUGGAAGCGGCCUUUGACGAGCUGGCCGCGCGGUGGCGGCCGAUCCUCGACCACGCCGAGGAAAACGGCGUCGAUGUGUGUUACGAAAUCCAUCCGGGCGAGGAUUUGCACGACGGCAUCACCUUCGAGAUGUUUCUCGAGCGGCUUGGCGGCCACGCGCGCUGCAACAUGCUCUACGAUCCGAGCCACUAUGUGCUGCAGGCGCUCGACUAUCUCGACAAUAUCGACAUCUACCACGACCGCAUCAAAAUGUUCCACGUCAAGGACGCGGAACUGAACCCGACCGGUCGGCAAGGGGUCUAUGGCGGCUACCAGUCCUGGGUGGAUCGGGCAGGGCGGUUCCGCUCGCUGGGCGACGGGCAGGUCGAUUUCGGCGCGGUCUUCUCCAAGCUGACCCAAUACGACUUCGACGGCUGGGCCGUCGUCGAGUGGGAAUGCGCGCUCAAGCAUCCCGAGGACGGCGCGCGCGAGGGCGCGGCCUUCGUCGAUGCGCAUAUCAUCCGCGUGACCGAGCAUGCCUUCGACGAUUUUGCCGGCGCCGGCACGGACGAUAUCGGCUUCAACCUGCUGCUCUGGACGACCCACGUCACCGAUGCGGACACGGUCGUGCUCGAGCAGCUCAAGGCGGCCGGCUAUGACGGGAUCGAGGUGCCGCUGUUCGAGGGCGACGAGGCGCAUUACGCCGCCCUGGGGUCCCGGCUGGACGGUCUGGAGCUCGACCGCACAGCGGUCGCCAUCGUGCAGGACGAGGCGCGCAAUCCGAUCAGCGGAGAUCGUGCAUGCCGUCGGGCCGGGGUCGACUAUCUGAAAUGGCUGGUCGACUGUUCGGCCGCGCUUGGCGCCGAGGUUCUGUGCGGUCCGUUCUACCAGCCGCUGGGCGUCUUCAGCGGAUCGGGACCGACGGAUGCCGAGUGGGAUCGCAUCGUUGCGGCACACACCGAAAUGGCGGCCCAUGCCGCCGGCUCGGGCCUGACGAUCGCAGUUGAGCCGCUGAACCGGUUUGAGUGCUACGCGCUGAAUACGGCGGAGCGGGCGGCGGCGCUGGCCCGGGCCGUCGGGUCGGACAAUUACGGCUAUCUCUACGACACGUUCCACGCCAACAUCGAGGAAAAGGACCCGGUCGGUGUCAUCGCGGAGACGGCCGGGCAGAUGGCCCAUGUCCAUAUUUCCGAGAACGAUCGCGGCACACCGGGCCGGGGGCAUAUCGAUUUCCAGGCGACGUUCGAUGCCCUGCGACGGGCCGGUUACGACGGCUGGCUGACGGUCGAGGCGUUCGGCCAUGCGCUGCCCGACAUCGCCGCGGCGACCAAGGUCUGGCGCCCGCUGUUCGACAGCGAAGCGCAGGUCUUCACCGAAGCGAUCGCGCUUGUCAGGGGUGGCUGGAUGGCGUCAGAAGCCCACGCAUAG